AAUUAACACAUCCCCAUCAAAAAAAGAUAAAAACCAAACCAAAUAUAUAUGGAAAAACAGCUCUCAAGAAAAAGCUUAGACAGAGAGAUAACAGAGAUCUACCAAAACUAAUCACAUUCUCACCAACACAAAACAUCCUCUGCCUUGGAUAAACCAGCCAAGGCAGAGAGGGAUCUCUGCCAAAGCUAUCUCUCUGCCUAAAAAAAAAAAAAAAAACACAACAACAAAACCCGAAUUCGGGAUUUGAAUAAAAGAAAAACAAUGGCAUUUCAAGAUUUUGAUCUUAUCUCAGAACGUCGGAAGAAUGAGAGGCAGAGGAAGAUAAGGCGGCGAAUCACCAUCGCGGUUGUUUCUUCCAUGGUUCUGGUCCUUUUGGUGGCUGCUGCUGUUUGUGCAGUAUUCUAUAAGGAUCGAAUUUUCCCGAAUUCGACUCAGGCUAAUGCACAGCAUCAUUCUCCUCCAUCUGGAGGGCAUCCAGCAGCUCCCCCGACGAAACCAACGACGUCUUCCUCAGAGAAAGCUGUCAAGACUGUUUGUGAAUCGACUGAUUAUAAAGAAACCUGCGAAACCAGCCUGACGAAGGCGGUUAAGGCCAACGCCACCACGGCUUUGUCCCCGAAAAAUCUUUUCAAGGCUUCAAUGAUUGCUAUUGUUGAAGGGAUUGAUGCAGCAAUCAAGGCAGGAAGCGCAAUCCAUUUUGAAGAUCCCAAAAGUAAGCAAGCAUUUGAUCUUUGUAUGACUCUCCUUGGCGACGCGAAAGACGAAUUGAAUAGCUCCAUUAGCAGCGUGACUACGAAUUCAUCCAACACGGGAGAUUUGAACAAUUGGUUGAGUGCUGUUAUGUCUUACCAGCAAAGCUGUUAUGAUGGAUUCCCUGAUGGACCAGUUAAGACAGGGCUGAAGAAGUUGAUGACCAGUGUGAAAGAACUCACCAGCAAUUCUCUUGCAUUGGUUUCGCUUUUGGAUCUUUCUUCUUUGCUCGGCGUUGACGUCAAACAACAACGCCGCCUUCUACAAAAGGAACCUGUUGUGCCUAAUUCCUUGGAUGAUGAAGGGUUCCCGAGAUGGAUGACGCUAGAUAAUCGCAGGAUGUUAAAGAUGAAUCUCACAGCCAUGACUCCUAAUGUAACCGUGGCGAAAGAUGGUAGUGGCAAUUUUACCACAAUCAAUGCUGCAUUGGCUGCAUUACCUGCCAACUACAAGGGAAGGUAUACCAUAUAUAUUAAGGAAGGAGUUUAUGAUGAAAAUGUGAUGGUGACAAAAAAGAUGGUCAAUAUUACAAUGUAUGGAGAUGGAUCUCAAAAGAGUGUGAUCACGGGGAACAAAAAUUUUGUUGACGGGGUGCCAACUUAUCUUACUGCAACUUUUGCUGCAAUUGGAGAUGGAUUUAUGGCACAAUCCCUAGGCUUCAGAAACACAGCUGGUCCUGAUAAACAUCAAGCAGUGGCCUUAAGAGUUCAAUCUGACCGCGCUGUUUUUGUUAAUUGCCGGAUGGAAGCAUACCAGGACACACUAUAUGCUCAAACUCACAGGCAAUUCUAUCGCAGUUGCUACAUCACUGGCACCGUGGACUUCAUCUUUGGCGACUCGGCUUCCAUAUUCCAAAACUGUCUAAUCUAUGUCAGAAAGCCAAUGGACAACCAGCAAAACAUUGUGACGGCUCAAGGAAGGGUGGACAAGCGCCAAACAACGGGUAUAGUCCUGCAUUCGUGUCGCAUUUUGGCAGACGACACACUUGAACCCGUAAAAGCCAAAUUCAAGAGCUACCUAGGCAGGCCCUGGAAAGAAUACUCGAGGACCAUCAUAAUGGAAACUGAAAUCGGGGAUUUCAUUCAUCCUGAUGGGUACAUGCCCUGGCAAGGAAACUUCGCCCUGAGUACCCUUUACUACGCCGAAUACAAUAACAAAGGACCUGGAUCACAAACCAAUGCAAGAGUGAAAUGGCCUGGUUACAAAGGAGUCAUUAAAAGGGAUGAGGCCAUGAAAUACACAGUUGGUCCUUUCAUCCAGGGAGAAAGCUGGCUGAGCCCUGAUACUGGCAUUCCUGUCCGCUUCGGGCUUUUCAACUAAAAUUCUUGAUCAGAAUCCUGAUUUUUCAUAAUCUGUUAACCAAAAAAAAAAAAAAAACAUGCAGUGAUAUUGUGAUGGAUUUGCCAGGGAGAGCUACUACAGGGGAUUUGACUCAAUGAUCGGUGUUGGUGCAUGUGUAUAGAUUUGUUUUUGUCAUUGCCAACGAUUUCAAGUUUAAAACCCAAAAAAGGACAGAGAAGAAAUUAAAAAAAAAAAAGAAAAAGAAAAAGAAAAAUCAUGCUUAGAAAGAGGCAGAAAAAACAUCACACAGAAAGUUUAAAUUUCUUUUUGUUGUUACACAAUUUUGAUCACCAGUCGCAGAGUUUUUUAGUUUCAAAACCAAUGAAUUUUCAAUUAGAUCUGAGAGGAGUAAAAGGAAAAUCAAUUGCUUCAGUUUGUGUAUAACUGUAUAUACUCAAAACUUAUCUUACAGUUUA